UGAGCGGGAAAAAAGAUGCUGCUUUUCCUCAGCGGGGGGAGGGAGGAGGGGCAACGCGGCGCCCAACCCCCAGCAGCCUCCGCUGUGCGUCACGGGCAGCAGCCAAUCCGCUCCCUUCCCUGCCCGCGGCCGGAACGAGGGGAGGGGGGCUGCGUUUCCCGCCGGACGUCCCUUGCUGCCGGCCCGCGGCUCGUCCCUUCCUCCUUCCCCCACGUGUUCCCACCGCCGCGGGGAGCCAGGCGUCAGGUGUUUUGGCAGUCUGUAAGACGUGAAUCUGAUUUGGCCACCACCUCUCUGAUACUUGAAAGAUCCUUGAAUCGUAUCCAGUUACUUGGUCGAGUAGGACAGGACCCCGUUAUGAGGCAAGCGGAAGGAAAAAAUCCUGUUACAAUAUUUUCUCUUGCAACCAAUGAGAUGUGGCGAUCAGGGGAAAAUACGACAUCCGUGGCAGGUGAUAUCAGCCAAAAGACCACAUGGCAUAGGAUCUCUGUUUUCAGACCAGGCCUGAGAGAUUUGGCAUAUCAGUAUGUGAAGAAGGGUGCUCGACUCUUUGUGGAAGGGAAGAUAGACUAUGGUGAAUAUACAGAUAAAAACGAUGUGAAGCGGCAGGCCACAACAAUUGUAGCAGCAACAUGAUGAAAAAAGUGUGUUCGUUCCUGGAGAAACUUACUACUGUUAUAGUUUCUGGACCUGGAUGCUACAGUGACAGGCACAGUGAAAAAGCAUACCUGGUUACGUGGACUGGUAUUCACAUUGAAGGUCAUGGUAAUUAAAUAUUAUCCAUGGGGCCAGAGCUGCACAGACAACUUUCCUUACCCUUUACACAGUUGUUCACACUGUUCCUUUUCCUGAAGCUGAGAAUAGAGCAUGCAUCUUGUGGUUAGGAAGUUCUGAAUCACAGUGGAACCAAUGCUGUUUUUUCAAUGGCAGUAGUAGGCUGUAUUACUUCAGCUACCUUAUUCUUUCCUGGUUACUUAGUUUUUAUCCAGCAUUCAUUUACACAUGAUAUACUCCAUUAACUCUGCAUGGUCUGUGCUGUCUCCAGAUCAUGCCAACAGAAGCAUAGUCACGCUGGCAGAUGACACUGACUUCAUGUUCAGCUGAUAGUGCAGAAAAGCAACACAGGUGGUAGGGUGGGUGUGGGAGGAGAGUUCUUGCCAUCUAAAAGAGACAAUCACAUGCUAGCUCAGCUUGUGUUCUAUGUGUGGAAUUCAGCUUUUGUAAAGCAUUGAUAUACACAUCAGAAAGUGAUCAUCCAUACCUAUGAUCUUGCUGCCUAAAAUAAAUUCCAAACAAUAAGCAGAGUCCUCUUGUUAAUCCCCAAAAGGGCCAGAAACUGGCUUCUUCAGCUUGGAUAAAUUGAUGCAAGUGGUGCUAAAGCAAAAUGCAUUUGAAAAAUUACGACUUAAAGCGUGUAUUUCAAUUAUGGAUGUUAAAAUGGGGAAGGUCACUGCUUUGCUUCCUUGGAAGUGGGAUGAAAAGUGAGAGGGAUGUAAAGGCUCUGGUCACUUAAUUGUAUGGAAGAGUACUUAAAGCAGAGUGGUCCAAAAACAGCUUACAUAAGUCCUCUGUAAUUGUCUCCGAGUUGACCUAGUUCUGGACUUGUUUUUAAAGUGCAUUUUCUGUUGUCUGAGGCCCUGAACAGGCCAGACCCUAGUUCUCUUAACAAUUGCUUGUCUGUCUCUCUCUUCCCUCCCAUGAUGGUUGAGAUCUGUUGGGAUGGUGUAGCUGACAGAGCUUACUGUGAAACUUGAGGGUUGGGAGUGAAACCUUCUAAGAAGAAAUCCCUCUGAUCGUUGAACUCUAACCAGGGGUAGGCAAAAGGCUUGCUUGGCUUGGGCUAAAUGUGAGACUUGCCUCUGUGUUUCCCUUAAUAACACUGACUGGAGAAUGGCCUACGUGCUGAUGUCUACCUACAGCUUGGGAUCAGGACUUGACUAGCCUAAGGUGCAGGCAUAUGUGACCAAAUGUAACACAUGUUCAAAUGAUUUAAUUUUUUUCUGAUCACACUGGUUAAAGCUGCUAAUCAGCUUCUAAAGAGGUUAUGGUGUAAGUGUUCCAUGUGUGAUGUGUACAGUUUGCCACAGAAGAAGCACUUAAUAGCUUGGCCAUUCACAGAGUCUGGAACUGGGUGCUGUAGCAACGAUGACCACACAUGCAGACUUAAAAUCUAAAAUCAACAAAGUAUCCACCACUUCCUUGAAGACAAGUUAUAAUUAACACCAUAACUUUUUAAUCAAUGAAGAGUAUGUAAAAUCAACACACACAUAUCACCAGCUUAUUCCUUAUGAAAACCUACUUGACAGAGAUUAAAGGAGGGUAGGUGGAUCUAGCAAGUUUUAACAUAAAAAAAGAACUGCUUGUAGCAAAGUACUGUGUACCUUCCAGUAUUUUUCAGUGAAUGUUUUUUUUUUUCAUAUGACCCAAGUAACUUUUUGAGUAACCAGAAUUGGACAAACCCUAAUUGGCAUCUGUUUGAUCUCCUUCCUGAAGCAUUUUCCUUGAAGAGGAAUUACUGUAUUUAUAAGAGGUAAGAGAGCGUUCCAAAGAAUGAGGUGUGCUGUAAUAAACUUUGGACAUUGCAAAAGUGUGGAGGAUUUCAUAAUGGGAUAGACAGAGCUGGAGGACUGCAAGCCAACUUAUUGACACUUGAUCAGUCAAUCUUGGUGUUUCUGGUGUGGGGGGAAACCUUCCACCUCCCAUAUUUAUUUUCGGCUGUUACACUUGAGUUGAAGGGAAGCUGUGAACAUGGUGCUUGAUAUAAUGUUUUGAAAGCUCAUGGCAAAAAAUGCUUUUGGUCUUUACAAAAGUGUGACUUGCAUUGGAGAGCAGAGCUCUGAUUUGUCCAGCUCCACAUAUGGGAAAACAUGAGGGGUGCUCAAAAAAAAAAAGAAGCAAGUAAUGAGGUGGGACUGAUUUUUUUUGGCAGAAAUAUCUUCUCUAGCUUCUGUUUCAUGAUUCAUUAUUUAUGAUGGUAAUUGGAGUGCAAGCUGACAAAGAGAAACUGUGGAGGGCUUGGGACUAGUAAAGGGAUAUUCAAACCUCUUAGUCCAAAGUCUCUAGUUCAGGGGCGGGCAAUUAUUUUGGGCGGAGGACCGCUUACCCAGUUUUGGCAGGCUGUCGAGGGCCACAUGGGUAGCCCCCUUGACAGGUGCCCCACCCCCUGGUCACCAUCUUGGGUCCAAUGUUCCCGGGCCAGCACUGAUGGGGCCCAAAGUGGGGCACAGGCGGGCAGGGGUCUGUGGAGCUGGGCUGGGCUUCACCAGCAGGGAGAGGGGGGAGCUGGACCCUGCUGCAGGCACUCAUAGCCCACGCAGGGCUGUCUGGAGCAGGCAUGGGCAGCCCCACGCAGGUUGCAAGUAGCUACAGCGUGAGGGGCUGCUUUUCCCCGCACUCAGCACCAGCUUGUAACCUGGCCCCGCUGCCAGCCUGGGCUCCAAGCCAGCUCCAGGCUCACCUGUUGGCAGCAGCAGCUGUGGCCCCCCGCUUGCUGUGCCGGGCAGUGUUGGCUGCUGCUCCCCGCCUGGAGCUUGCGCGCUGGCCAGCCCAGAGGCAACAGUGGCAAACGCCAGCGCAGCAAGCGGGGGGGGCCGCAGCUGCUGUUGCCAUGCGCAGCCCCGACGGGCGAGGCCAGAACCAGCGUGGGACCUAGGCUGGCAGUGGGGCCAGGUUACAAGGUGGUGCUGAGUGGGAGUGGGGGUGGGGGGGGCGGGGGGAAGCCCUCACCUGCUCCGUGCUCGGCGCUGCAGCCGCUCACAGCCUGCCUGGGGCUGCCUGUGCCUGUGUGGGCUGCCAGCAGCUGCAGCGUGGGGCGCUGGCCAUGGGGCGGGUGAGGGGCUGCUUUCCUCUGCACUGGGAAGGAUCCCAGGGUAAAGCUGAGCACAGGGGUGGGGGGCACUCCCUGCUGCAGCCACUUGCAGCCCACAGGGCUGUCUGGAGCAGGCACAGGCAGCCCCAUGUGGGCUGGGAGUGGCUGCAGCGUGGGGAACCGGCCAUGGGGCGGAUGAGGGGUUGUUUUCCCCAUGCUGAGCUUUUCCCCAGGCUCCUUCCCUGCCUGGAGUCCUCCCCUGCUCCCCCCCCCCCCUUGCUUCUCCCCUUGCAAUUCUUGCAUGGGGCAGCUAUGUGGUCCCAAGCCAGAAGCCACAGCUGGGGCAGGGCCGGGGCCAGGCAGGUCCUGCUGUUGUGGGAGCCUGCCAGGCUUCCCCUGGAUCCUACUGCCCUUGGUUCCUGUCAUUUUUGACAGGAACCAAGGGCAGAUAAAUAUUUAUUUUCUAAAUUUUUUAGGGGCCCUGCGGCUGUAUUUUGCCCACCCCUGCUCUAGUUUGAAUUUAACCCAGGAUACUAGUGACAGAAAGACAUUGCAUUCUGAUGAUGGUAUGAUGGUCUGUGUGAAGUUAACUGGAAUCUUGGUGUAGAUAUUACUAGUCAUAAUAAGGAUCAUAGUUGGCACUUGGGUACAGAGGCACCUGGAUCAUUUGUAUCCAGGUAGCUCACAACCCACUUAGUUCACAGUGGGGUGUUGAAUUGAGAAUGGGCCACUGCAUCUUUUAUUUUAAAGCUUAUUCCACUCAACUAGACCUCAUCAAUGGCUCCAUGCAGUUGUUUGUUGUGGUUGUAUAUACUGCUGGCUGGUAUAUAAACCUUCAUCUUUACAAAGGAGUAAGGAAUAAUCCUGUGAAGAAUCUGAGUUCUACUGUAUAAGUAAGUCUUCAUAGAUGGGGCCAUUAUCUGCAUGGGCUGAGAAACUGAACUGGGCCUCAGAGAAGUCUCUAGAGGUAAGAAGUUACACACUUUAGUAAAAGGAGCUUGUAUUUCCAUCAAUGUGCCUCUUAUGUGGUUUUAAUAGAAAACUGUCUUCACAGUAUGGUCAGUCCCACAGCUUUCAUGAGUAUUAAUUUCACUUCAGAAAAGGGGGCAUAAUGCCAAGUCUGUGGGAAGAAGAGCUUAAAAUAAAAAGCAUGCCUAAAAAUAUUGUAAGUUUGAAAUUUCUCAGGCUCAUAAUAGUGAAAACCCUUUUGCUUAGAAGUUGAGCAUGUUUGCAGAUACCAGUCAAGAUUCAGUCUUGUCAACCAUAUUUCAUACUGUUUGCUUCCAGUAGAAGCUUUGUGCUUUUCCGUUCAGCUCUGAUCUCAUCUACACAAAAAAAUAUGCUUUCUUAUUGUAAAGUCUGUUAUUGUGCAACACCAGUACCUUUGCUGCCACAGAAUAAGUAUAUAAGGACACCAUCCAUUUUCAGGCAGUCUCCAAAGACAGCAUGCUGUACUGCAAGAAAUGCAUAUGAAAGGGCAUAAGAUUUUUUGCUCUGCUUUUGACUUAUUUUACAUUAUAGGAAAUCACUCAUCUUAUCCUGGUGCUUUCUAACAACAAAGCAAUCUAAGAGCUGUCAAUCAAACUUGAUAACUGCAUACUUCUUGGAAGUGUCAUUGUUUCUAGCUCUGAAGUUUCACUGUAUAUUGUCUUUCACCUUUUGUCUGUCUUCAGUAUGGAAGGGGUGGGAAGUAUUAAUUCGCCUGAAAAACUCAACUCCAGAUUUUCUAUUCCUUAUUACUAUCCUAGGCUACGACCAUUUUUUUUUUUUUUUUUUUUUUUUUUUUUUUUUUUUUUGCACCAGGAGCUCAAAAGUGUUGUUGCAAAUGCUAGCAAUUGUACAAAGACUCAAAGGUUUCAUUCCAGAUCAUUCUUUCCUUACUAGGUUUUGUUUUUUUCUUAAGGUUCUUUGUUGCUUGAAGAUGGUUUUUAUAAAUGGUGAACUAUCUUGAUCAGAGUAGUCACAAACUAGAACACUACAGCAUGCAAAUUGCUUUCUUGAGCCUUUGUGUAGUUGACCAGAUCAAAACUCAAGUAAUGGUACGGGUACAAGAAGAUUCUGUCUUAACUAGUCCAUCUGCCUUCAACUGCAAAAAACCCCCCAACUCAUCGUUAUUUUUCUCUGAUUUGUCCUAAACUCCUCUAGCUUGUCUCCAUAGCUAGUUCACCUGUUUUCGUUUUAUUCUCAGUGAGCUUUUUGCAUAUUGUCUGAGGUAAAUUUACUUCUUCACCUUGCUGUUUUGUCCUUCUCACUAGCUGUCUGGUACUAUCACAAAGAAAAAUUGCAGGUGUUUCCAUACCCCUCUCCUGGAAUACAGACAGUAUUGGGUGCCUAUACACGAGCAUGGAGGCUGCUCUGCCACAUUUGGAUUGCGGCACAUCAGAGCAGACUCAAUUUAGUCGAGUCUGCUGCAGCGUGGUAAUUACUGAAGCCAGCCUCUCUGUCUUGUGUAUCAGCAUCCCCAUGCUUAAAAAUGGUGGCAGGGUGCUUUAAAGCUCAUCGAAUGAGCUUUAUUUAGAUAAAGUGCCCCUGCUGCCAUUUUGAAGUGCGGGGAUGCUGAUACAUGAGACACUGUGGGCACUCUAAUUAGAGCAGCUCUCAGAGCCACUCUAAUUAAGGUAUCUCUCUUUCUUCCCCCCCGCCCGCCCUCCCCAGAUCAUGUGUAUAGGUGUUCUUUCUUUAGUCUCCCUCUAGAUUGGAGGCCGGUUUUUGCCUAGUUAUGUCAAUCAAUAACUACCCCACAUAAAAUGCACACCCUGUUCAAAUUGUUCUGAAAGAGUGUGGUGAGUCAAAAAGAUACAUAUGUGCUUAGAUAGAUAGCACAGAAAAUUACUAGCCUGUUUUUUCAAGUUAGAGGGCCAAGCUGCUGGAAGAGAGUCUGGAUUUACAACAUAGCAGAAACUUGGUCAUGGAGUAGGCAAGACUGGAGAAAACAGCAGUAUGAAAGGAAGACUCAAGAAGAGAAGUCUGUGAAUUACAUUCUUGUUCAGCUCUGCAAAGAUGUUUGCCUUUGUACAAUCUUUUGUGCCUUCAGUGUCAUUGCUGCUCACGUGUUCAGUUCUAGAUAUAACUUAUUCCAUGUUUCUUGUAUCUGGAUACUGGGCAAUUAAUAUUAUCCAGGAAGAAUCAGUUUCCUUUGUUUUGCCUGAUUCUGUUUCUCCUUUUCUGGUAUUUAGCACAACCCACCAGUUUCUAACUAAUAUCGACUUUCUUUUCCAGGAAUGGUUUUGCUUCCAGCACCAAAACUUUGGUGUUGCACAUACGUUUGAUAGCUACUCUAAUAUCAGGCCAAUGACUACGUAUGUAUGACCUUUUAGUUGCGUUUUGUCAGUGAAAAGGGGGAGUUCCUUUACAAGCAUUAGAGUUCAAAAUAGCAGUCACUCAAUACCAAACAUUGCAUCUUACUAAUGUACAGUCAGAAAAAUACAUCCUGUUAGACUGGUUUCCAGAAAUUGAAUACACUUAAAGCUGUGCUGGAUGGGCAGCCUGGGAGAGAUCCUUUGAUUAGUGAUCUUAUCAGUAUGGUGGUACAAUACUGACAGGGAUCAAAGAAUCUUCCCCAUAGCACCAGUGUGCCUCAACUCUUCCCUUGGCUGACACUUAGGGAAAGCAGAAUUCAACCCUUAUUCCCUUCUGUGCAGACUGCCAUGAGGAUGUGAUCUUAAAGGUUCCAAACCUACACCUUUCAGGGCUGGUCCAAUGUCAUUACCUUCAACAACAAUGCAUUACAAUGCUAGGAUUUAACAAGUCUCCCCUUUCCCUCCACCAGGUCAGAUUCUUGACUGUGGGACCUCCUUCGGUGCAGGUAAAUUGGUUUAUGACAUUUUCCAUGCUGCCACAUACUUGUAAUCCACUGAGGUAUGUGAUCUCUAACAAUUUAGAAUUGCUCAUCUUAACAGGAAUGUUUAUAUAUCAUACAUUUUCUAUCAAUACAUUUUGAUUUAAAAUGCAGCUUCUACAGAGGACUCUUCCUCCCACCCUUCCCUCGCGCACCUCACAUCAGAUUUUCUUAAAAUAUCAUUUUUUCCCCCCCUGCUGUGGGAAAUAAAAUAGUUUUGUUUGGGAUCAGCCCACAUGAGAAACGUUUUGGUUUGUUGAACAGAAGUGAAAUAUUUAGUAUUGGCCUGUUCGACAUUAAUCUGUGUGUGAAUUGAGGCGUGGAGCUUCAGGCACACCUAUGGCCCCAUUCUCUGUGAACGAGCUCUGUAGCUGGACAAUGUAUCCCAGGAUGCACCAGAUUUUUCUUUUUGAUCAAAAUAGUACAUCGUGGGAGAGGAUGUUUAAACAGAAAGUCCAAGCACAGUGGAGAUUAGGGGCAUAAAGAAACUGAAUUCAAUUCUCAGGCAUUACAGCAACUUGUGGAAAAGAAAACUAAUGUUGAACUAACUCCAAAUGAAACUGUUCUUAUUCAGCUGAACGAACUGCUCCGCUGCCCCUGCCAACAAAUGAAGCAUCUUUGGUUCAAGAUGGUCAAAUAUUUUAAAUCAAAGAGCUUUGACAUAAUUUGUUCCAUGAAAAUUGUUGCUAUUUCAACUCUCUACUACCUCAGUUUUAGGAUGAAAACAAAUGUCUGCACAUCAGAAUUGCUCAAUGAAUGGAAAUGCCAGUGUUCUACUAGCUCUAUUCCUUUGUGUUGCUGGGACCUAGCUCAGGAAAGAAUAUCAACAAGGAUAUUCUAUGUUGUUGUUUAUGUAUAAUAAUGAGAUUGAGUGUUGAAAUACUAUUUAUGUAUCUAUUAGAUUUAUACCCUGCUCUAUCCAGAAGGCUCAGAGCAGCCUACAAUAAACAACUCACGGAGAGGAUUCACCAAUCACCCCAAAACUUGAGAACUCCAACUCCCCCACCGAUCACCACUUCCAUUCCCAAACCCCAGCACAAGCAAAUAAAUCCUCCUGCCAAUCCAAACCAUACCUCCUAACCAGCAUUCACAUCAAGAGACAAGAAACCUCUUCCUGUCCACCGCCCUGCCUCACACCCAGAAGAGAUCCCGCUAUUUACUCCUGAGAGAUCCAGUUCUUGAUAGCUGAAUAUUCAUUUUCUAAAAUAUCACAUUUUUCCCUUUCUAAUGAAUCUUCUGGUGUUCUCAGUAGCAUUAAAUAUCCUGUAAUCCUGAGACUGUUCUUUAAUUCUAAUGUUUUGCUUUAAUCAAAUCAAAGACAAAAUCUCCUCAUGAAUAUGAAAACAAAUCUGCAAGGUUUUCUUUAAGUUCACCUGGGAUGGGUGUUAAACACAAGAUUAUAAUUACGUGCUAAGCAAUCCCAUAAGGCUUCACGAUUUUGCUUGAAUACUUUCAUUGUGUUUGAAAAAAGAUUGGCUUGGUGCAUGCUAUAUGGGUAACUUGUUUGCUCAGGGUGUCAGAAAACCUUUGAUUUGUCUAAGCGCGUAAAACAACCGUGUUCUUCCUGUUUGGUUUUUGUUUGGUUUUUUUUUUCAAGUUUCUCAUAUGGUUGAAUUCAUUGUCUGUAAAAGCAUAGAUUGGCUUCCCAGGCAAACAGAGGGCAUGGUAGAGCUGGACAUAUAAGCUUUUGUGUGCAGAAGCUCAGCACAUUUGCAAAUCUACCCUUCCUUCUACUUGACUUCAGACUGACACAGCUAACUCCCUGGCAAAUAGCAAACAGUGUGAGGACUAAUGAAAGUUUCCCUCAUAUCAUUAUGCCAGUUUGUCUCAGUCGUGUCCCUGUGGCAGCUCUAAUCCCUUGUUGAACCUCAGCGACCACAUAACCAGCUCCUAUGUACUCAUAUUACCACCAUCAUCUAUCACCUUCAUAUCCUAACAGCACAUAUGUCAAUUUUGAAAUGCAAAAACUCCCUGUUAUUGCAUGCUUUGUUCUUUCUGGUGCGAUUUUCUUUUUCUUGAAAUAUAAAUGAGGCAAGGA